AAAAAAUUAACUUUUUUUUUCUCGUUACAAUCAGUAAUAAUAAUAUGGCUGAGAAUAUGAGCAAACUCGAAGACGAGGGAAAAAAAGCUGCUCCUAUCGAUGGAGACAUACUAGAAGCCGUACUAUCGCGAGUGCCACUCACCGAUCUAGUCGCCGCGUGUAGAGUUUCCAGGGACUGGCACGCGGCCGUGUACUCCUCUCUCCGCCACGUUAACAGAAUCAAACCCUGGCUCCUUGUUCACGUUCAGAGCACCCGACCCCCCUACGCGACUAACUCUUACGCGUACGAUCCACGCUCUGCCGUCUGGGUCCAUCUCCACCAACUACCUUCUACCAACUUCAAGUACGUCUCCGCCCUCCGCUCCUCCCACUCCAAUUUCCUCUACAUGCUUUCUCCUUCCCAGUUCGCCUUCACCUCCGACCCUCUCCGCCUCACCUGGCACCACGCCGCUACUCCGCCGAUGGUCUGGCGGACCGACCCUAUCGUCGCUCUCGUCGACGAUCGCGUCGUCGUCGCCGGUGGCGCGUGUGACUUCGAGGACGAUCCGCUCGCCGUCGAGAUUUACGACCUGAGGACUCACACGUGGGACACUUGCGAGUCCAUGCCUUCCACUCUGAAGGACUCCGCCGCCUCGACCUCGAUGUCGAUCGCCGUUCACGGUGGCGAGAUGUACGUGAGUGAGAAAUGUUCCGGCCUGACUUACUCGUUUGAUCCUGAAUCCAAGGCGUGGCGAGGACCGUACGAUCUUCGUCCUGAUGAGAGCGUUUUUAGCUCGGUCGUCGGAUUGGCCGACGGGAAUUUGAUCGUGGUUGGAUUAUUGGGAAGCUCCGAGUGUGUUGAAGGCGUGAAAGUGUGGAAAGUGAGUGGCGAAUCUAUGGAGUGCGAAGAAAUGGGAGAGACGCCGAAGGAGCUGGUGGAGAAGUUCGUAGGAGAAAGCUACUGCGUUCCGUCAGUCGCGGUGGCGGCGAUGGGCAAAAGCGUAUUUUUACACAACCCGACGGACCCUGGGGAAGUGAUCCAGUGCGAGAUAUUGGAUGGAGAGUGCAGGUGGGGAUGCGUACGGAACGCGGUGGUGAACGACGGAACUCGGAUGCAGAGGAUGGUGAUUGGUUGUUCUGACGUGAACAUUUGGGAUUUGCAGAGAGCCAUGGCUAUGAAGAAUGACCUGGGAUUCGUCCCCAAAACUAUUGCUUAAAAUCUGCCUACGUGGCAUCGUAUGAUUGGUUUAAUAUAUUUUUUAUUCCAUUUAUUUUAAAAUGUUAUCCGUAUUUUAUUGGCCCCGCAUUUAUGGAGUUAAUACAAAUUUAAUUUAUCAGUCUUAUAAUUA